UCCGUGGUUCUCCUCUCAGCUUUCAUCUUUUGUAUUGGUCGGUGAGCAGGGAAAACUCGGGUGCUGUCCUUGGAGCCAUAUGGAAGGGAAAAGGAUUUUUUUUCAAGCAGGGUUUGGUGUGUCUGCAGCAAUGCCUCUUCUAGGGCUGGAAGAGCAAUAAGCUGAGCUCCUAUUCCAUUCUCUUUAUGUAUGUGAGGGCUCUGCUCGCUGUUGCUGAACUACUCCAGGCUUGCUCUCGGAGAUCCUCCUCCUGUCUGCAUCGUGCACGGCCGACCAUGGCUGCGGCAGGAAGCUACUGACUGCCUAGAAAUUAAGAAAGGCUGUGAGAAUUCUAGUUGAUCAAGGUGGAAUUAUUUUUUUUCCAAGAGCCUUUUCACAAUUGCCUUUUGCAAAGUCUUCAGCUGCUCCCCUUUGUGCCAUGUUUUGUGGCUCUCACCGUAAGAGGAAUUUGUCUUGAUGAAGAUUCCUAACAUUGGUAAUGUGAUGAAUAAAUUUGAGAUCCUUGGGGUUGUAGGUGAAGGAGCCUAUGGCGUUGUACUUAAAUGCAGACACAAGGAGACACAUGAAAUUGUGGCUAUCAAGAAAUUCAAAGACAGUGAAGAAAAUGAAGAAGUCAAAGAAACCACUUUACGAGAGCUUAAAAUGCUUCGCACUUUGAAACAGGAGAACAUAGUGGAGCUGAAGGAAGCCUUCAGAAGAAGAGGAAAAUUAUACUUAGUUUUUGAAUAUGUGGAAAAAAAUAUGCUUGAAUUGCUAGAAGAAAUGCCAAAUGGAGUUCCACCAGAAAAAGUGAAAAGCUACAUCUACCAGCUAAUUAAAGCAAUUCAUUGGUGCCAUAAGAAUGAUAUUGUUCAUAGAGAUAUCAAGCCAGAGAAUCUCUUAAUAAGCCACAAUGAUGUUCUGAAGUUGUGUGACUUUGGCUUUGCUCGUAACCUCUCUGAAGGCAGCAAUGCUAACUAUACAGAAUACGUGGCUACCAGAUGGUACCGCUCACCUGAACUCUUGCUUGGAGCCCCUUAUGGAAAGGCUGUGGAUAUGUGGUCUGUAGGCUGUAUCCUGGGAGAGCUGAGUGACGGGCAGCCCUUGUUUCCUGGUGAGAGUGAGAUUGACCAGCUCUUUACCAUUCAGAAGGUGCUGGGCCCGCUGCCAGCUGAGCAGAUGAAGCUCUUCUAUAGCAACCCACGCUUCCAUGGCCUGCGGUUUCCAGCAGUCAAUCAUCCACAGUCUUUAGAGAGAAGAUACUUGGGAAUUUUAAGUGGUGUAUUGCUUGACCUAAUGAAGAACUUACUGAAGUUAGAUCCAGCAGAUAGAUAUUUGACAGAACAAUGUUUGAACCAUCCUUCAUUUCAAACCCAAAGACUCUUGGAUCGCUGUGGAAGUUCCCCUUCGCGGUCAGCUAAGAGAAAACCUUACCAUGCAGACAGCAACACAUUAUCUAACAGAAAUCAAGCCAGCAAAAGUUCUGCUUUGCAGUCACACCACAGAUCAAACAGCAAGGAUAUGCAGACACUAGGGGCUGGCGGGCCAAGAGAAGAGGGUCUUCCAGCAAAUGAAAGCUUUUUAAAUGGAAACCUUCCUGGACCUGCACAUAGUCCAAUGCAUGCAAAAAAACCAAGCAACACACCUGGAUCUGGCAACAAGGAUAUAGCCAAUAAUAACAUGCCACACCUUCUCAGCCCAAAGGACACAAAGGGAAAAACAGAAUUUGAUUUUAAUGUGGACACCAAAAGUUCUGACAGUUCGGGUACAAAGUACCUCAAGUCCAACACCAGAUCUCAGCAGAACCGGCACUCAUUUAUGGAAACCUCUCAAAGCAAAACGGGGACGCUGCAGCCCGGCGACAAGCACAGCCGCCACAGCUACAUCGAUACCAUCCCACAGUCUUCUAAGAGUCCUUCCUACCGGACAAAGUCAAAGAGCCAUGGAGUUCUGACAGACUCGAAAUCCGUGGGCAACCUUUCUGAGGCCAGGGCCCAAGCUGCAGAACCAAACACCAGUAGGUAUUUUCCAUCCAGCUGUAUGGACUUGAACUCUCCUACCAGUCCGACUGCUCCCCGACACGGUGAUAACAGAACUUUGCUCAGUCCGUCUGGAAGGAAUAACCGCAGUGAGGGCACCCUGGACACCCGAAGACCAUCAACAAGGCACUCCAAAACAAUGGAGGAGUUAAAACUGCCAGAUCACAUGGAUGGAAGCCAUUCCCACUCUCUAUCUGCUCCUCACGAAUCUUUUUCCUAUGGUCUAGGUUAUACCAGUCCUUUUUCUUCACAGCAGCGCCCUCAUAGACACUCUAUGUAUGUGAGCCGGGACAGAGUGAGGUCAAAGGGCUCAGAGGGUGGCUUAAGCGUAGGGCAAGGGAUGGCAGCCAGAGCAAACAGCCUGCAACUGUUAUCUCCACAGGUGCAGCAUAAGUCACUCACAAGAUCUGUUGGCUCAUCAAGAGAAGACUGUACGGAAGAUACUAAUAGGGGUGGAGCAUAUCAUGAUCCACACACAGAAGAUGGAGCAUCUACUAAGGAAAAUAGAAUUCUGUAUAAUGACCCUGUUCCGAGAAGAGUUGGCAGCUUUUACAGAGUCCCAUCUCCGCGUCCAGAGAGUACGUACAUAGAAAACAACGUGUCAAACAGAGCCUCUGUGUUACCAGCAGACAGCAGCACAGUGGCAAACCACUCAAAGAGACAAACGACCUUUGAUACCUGGAAAAGUCCUGAAAACCUUAACUCAGAACAGCUCAAGGAGAAAGAAAAGCAAGGUUUUUUCAGGGCAAUAAAAAAGAAAAAGAAGAAAUCUCAAACUACAGACUCAACCAACGGGGAGAAUCCAAGCAUCAAGAAAUCCCUCUUUCCUCUUUUUAAUUCAAAGAAUAAUUUAAAGCAUAGCUCUUCUUUGAAAAAGCUUCCUGUAGUCACUCUACCCAUGAUGCCUAACACUGAUGGUCAGGAUCUCUUGGCAUUACAGAAAGCCAUUCAUUCUUCUAAUCACCAGAGCAGCAGGCAGAAGGAUUGGCAUCCUGAGAAGAUGACAGAAAUCCAGCCUCAUAGCCAGCCAUUAAAAUCUCUUCGAAAGCUCUUACACCUCUCUUCGAACCAUCCUGUCCCUGCUGAGCCCCGCUUCCAGCCCCUACCGAGUCAGCCAGCCAAAGCUUCUUUCUCUGAAGUGCGGAUUCACCCCAUGAGUCAGAGCUCCAGCAGCGGCAGCAGCAACGUGCGGCAGGAGGCUCAGCCCAAAAGCAGGCCGACGCUGCAGAUCCCGAGCCAGCUGGAACCCACCUGGCACGUCUCCCCCGUGAACAGGAGCGUGAGUGAUGGGCCUCCCUACUCUGACCAGCUGCCUUCCAAGAGCGGACAGAACGGGCACACGUACGCCCGGACAAACCGGUCGCGAAUGCCGAACCUGAAUGACUUAAAAGAGACAGCCUUGUAAUUGCACUCCAGAGAAUAGGCCAGUUCGGGUGGAGAUCAGCAUAGGGGAGUGGUGGUGGUUCUGGUGAUGGUAAGACUGCAUUUUCAGCUUUAUAAAGGUGUGCAAUAUGUACAUGUGGAGCUAUGCUGUUUGGCACCACGGAGAGAGUCAGGGAUUAUACAGUAAAACAAGUUGAACUACGAAUAACCAGUCAUCAGAAAUGUCGCUGGAUGCCAGACAGAGUGUGCAGGUCAGGGAGAAAAUGCAUUGCCAUUUUCUCUCAUUUACAUUCCAGCUUAGUGCACAUCUCUGUCUGAAAGCUGGGAGACUUCUGGUAUGUAUUGGCACUUAUAAGGGUGAAAACAUUCAUGUCUAGACCUAUGCCCUUACUACAUUUUUUGCUGCCUAGUUAAAACAGUGGGGUUUAUGUGAUAAAAGUGUAUCCCUCUUAAGGGUUUAAAGUUAAAUUGUAUGUCUUAAAUUUGUUUUUUAAAUUUCCAUAUUUGAUAGGAUUUGUAAUAUUUAUUUAUGAUGACCUAAUAUCGUACUGUUAUAAUCAUAUCUUUUAUGUUAUAAUGUAAAGUUAUUUUGAGCUGUUUGAAACAUUGUGAAGCAGUGCGACAGCUACAGUAGUUUCUAUAAAAAACUAACAGUAACAUUUAUAUAUUGCAUCAGGAGUAUUUUAUUCUAUAUAUAAAUAUAUAUAUAAAUGGAAAAUAACUGUCUGUUUUUUAAAUAUAUUCAUUUAAAAGAAAAGUAUUGUUAUGACACUAUCUGCCAUAUUUUUUAUACAUUUGUGAUAUAAAGUGCAGUAUUAUACUUCUAAUAAAAGGAAGUUGAAUGUGGAUAUAAACGUGACUGUAACAGUAUGAAUCUUGCUUGGCUAUGAGAGCCCAGAAUUGUAGGCAUUAUUAGUAACAAACAAAAGAUAACAUUCAAUUCCAAGCUUUAUUAUGGGCUAUUUUGUUGGAAGUAUUGGCUAAAUGUAAGAGACUGCAGAACUGUACAGUAAUCUAAAUGUGGUAUGUUCUCCCCUGUGUCCUUAGCUUUCCUAGUAAUAUUAAUGGGAUUUCUGCAUCUGCAUCCAGAGCACAGAGCCCCAGAACCAAAUUUUUAUUUCCUCUAAAGAAAUAAAGUGCCCCGUGACUACAAGCGAAAGCAGGUGCUCUUCCACUUAAUAGCAGGGGUGAAAACCAAAGAAACAUAGCAUGAAUUGCAAGUGAAAUGCAAACUUCGACACUUACGCAUAGCAUGGCACUGCAGAUCAUGGUAUAAGCUUUUAUGCAUAUGUGUAUUUUACAUCUUGUUUAGCAAUCUAUUAAUUAAUAAGAUAAACACUGUAUUAAAAUUUAAACUACUCUUGCACUUUUUAUUAUACUUCAGGAUGUAUUUAAAUCUACAAAUCUGAUGUUUGGAUAUUGAAGGAGAAGGUUGCCAUGCAGCCUAAUUUCUCCUUCGGUCUUACUAUCCAAAUAAUCCCUUAACCAGUUCAGUUACCAGUCUCAGCAAAAUACUAGAUCUUGGGUUCCAGUCUCCUGUACAACACAGUUAAAACUGCCUUUACAUUGGUGAAUGUCAAGUGUAGCAAAUACACACCCUGAUUCCUCUGUUGCUACUGGUUAACUUAAAAGUUAGCCAGUAGGAGUCAAAAGAGUUAUGCCAGUCUAAACUUUGUGCAAUAAGAGGAGAACCAGGCCUGUAGUGUCAGAACAAUACAAACUUUCCUUUUUUAAACACAUUAGUUCAACUCCCUCAUUACUCUGCAGCACAGUUGGUUUUCUAGAUGCUGUCGUUGUAAGACACUUAUACUUGCAAAUACAUUGUCUUUUCCAAAAGAGAUUAACCUGAAUGUAAAUUUGAUGAUUUAGCCAUAGAUGUAGUUAACAGACGAAGCCAGACAGUAAGAGCUGAACUUUCUACUUGGAUUACAAUGCAAAACUGGACAUGGUGUUCAGUACCUCUUGAGUCAUACCAAAGUUCUAACAACAGCAAAUUCGGCACCACUACUGUAAAAACCUGUCAGAAAGAACAGUAUGGAAGGAUGUCAUGUCGGGUUUGUCCAGGGCUAAACGUCAGUCUAGUAAAUUUGAAAAAUUACAAAAUAAGAAUUCUUUCUUUGUCCAUUGCCUGCAAAAAAAUGUGCAUGUGAUUUUUCUAUAGAUAUAUAUGGUAUAUGAUAUCUCUCUAUAUAUGAUAUAUACUGUAUUGAUAUAUCAUAUAUAUAGCAUACAAAAAUACAGUAGACAUGAAAGGGUAUUCAGGUUUUUUCUAAGUUCAGUGGGCAUCCAGGAAAGACAUUGUGAUAUUUACUAGUCAUCACUGCUGGAUUUUAGCAACAUACUUUAGCAAUCUCUUUUAGAUUCACUGCUUGGUCACUGCUAGGUUAGCCCUGCUUUGAAAUGGGCUGAUGCCACUGAAAUCCCUCACAAAAGCACUGUCUAAGAGAGAGUGGGGCUCUAAGCAGUGUGGUUUGAAUGUCUCUUUUAGGGCAAUAGAACUGGGGUUGUUUAGUGUGGAGAAGAGGAGGCUGGGGGGGGACCUCAUCACUCCCUACAAUGACCCAAAAGCAGUUGGUAGCCAGGUGAGGGUCAGCCUCUUCUCCUAUGUCUCAAGUGAAAGGUUGAGAGGAAAUGGCCUUCUGUUGUGCCAGGAGAGGUUCAAAUUAGAUAUUAGAAAAUAAAGAAAAUCACUGAAAGAGUGAUUAGGCAUUGGAAUAAGUUGACCAGGGAAGGUAUCACUGGCUAUGGAAGUGUUCCAGAGGUGUCUGGAUGUGGCACAUUGGAAUACGAUUUAGGGGUGAUUAUGGUGGUGCUGGGUUGACAGUUGGUCAAUGAUCCUGAAGGUCUCUUCCAAGCUUGAUGAUUCUGUUUCCCAGCAAGUGGUCACAGUAGACUCUUCUGCUCUUUGUGGAUAUGUAUCCUUUUGCCUCGGCAAGAUUUGUAGCUUGUUGGCAAGAGCUUUAUGCUGGGGAUGAUGAUACUGGGCUGUAUGUGGCUGCUCUUAUUUCUAGCAAGGAAAAAUGUUUCCAAAGGAUUUUUUUCUCAAUACCUAUGAAGUUAAAUCAGGAUAAUCUCUGACUGUACAUAUAGCUGUUUAAAGUAGUUAGCAAAUCUUCAAAGGUGACCCAAGGAAUGUUCAAGUAUUUGGUGGCCCAUAGUUACAGAAAGCUGUUUCUACUUCAUACUGCAUUUUCUUCUCCAGUUCAACAAACCAUAGUAGAUUUCGGUUGAAUACAAAAUUGUGUUGAAUGUAUGUAGUAUUUUCUUUCUUCUGUUGGAAAGAAAUUCCAGCAGCUUGGCCAGCUGGUGCUGGGAUGAAUUGUGUAUUUUUAACUUGGUCUAACUUCCCAAUAUUUAGAAUAUUGCUAAUGUAAUUUUGUCGGGGCUUUCAAAGGAAUCUUAUUAUAGUGACUGAGAUUUGCUGGCUUAAUAAAGGGAAGAGAAUUAUAGAGCAAACUAUUUUGUAAGUGUGAGCUUUCCUUUUCACUUGUCUGUGAGUCUUGUGCUACAUGCUCUAUAGAUUUACUUAGUAUAAAGAAGCUUAGAUGAACUACAUUUUAUUCUUUGGCAAUCUGUUUUGCCUUAUGGCAUCAUUAAUGAUGUGAAUAGAAAAGAAGCUAAGUUUCAGAAAUUAUAGUAAUUUUGCAGAACUCAAGCUGCCUAAACUUGUCUGUUUUUGCUAUAACUCUUGAGCUCUUUUUAAUUGAAAACGAAGCACCUUAAACUCAUCUUAACUGAAAUUUUAUUUGUGUCUCAGCUGUCCUUUUAAACUGCCAUGUAAAUGUAUUGACCUAGAACAACAUCUAUUUUCAACAUACCUGACCACAGAGAACAGUCCCUCAGAGCUCUUUAAUGCUUUUUGCUCCAUUUAUUGCUGUCCAAGCUUCAUUGCUCCUCUGAGAGGUCACCAGGACAGAGCACUGGGCAGAGUUCUUGGCAGGAAGUCAGUGAUCCCAGAUUUGGUCUCUUCUUCCUAAAAUAUUCCCCAAACACUACUCUGUUUGCCAAUACUUGUUCUUUUAGAUCAACAUUAAAACAGGCUUCAAACCUCCAGAUGUGUGAGACACCCUCAGGUUGUCUUUUGGGAUGUUACCUUUCUCUCUGCCACACCAACUUGUUUCUGGGAGCAAGGCUGGAGUGACUCUUCAAGAAGCAGUGGCCUGUGGUAGGCUUUUAGUCAUUCCUUAUCUUUGCAGUUUGGUCUCUUAACAGAUGAAUCUUACUUGUCUAAAAAGCUACAUACCAACCUUUUUUUUCUUCAGAAGCUGCUCUAGCUGUUAGCUGAGUAGACUCCUGUGUUCUCAAUAAUUCAGUGCUGUAGACCUCCCUUUAAGAAUGGGAACACAGAUGAUACAGCUCUGAAAGCACUGUUGUGAUUUAGGUAGCUAAGGCAAAACCCAGCCUCUUUCGAGAGGAGCCGUGCUCUGGAAGUAUUGGGGUUUUCACUCAUGUUUCAUUUUUUUGUUGUCUUAUAAUGAUCUGAUGGUGAGACAUGCUUCAAAAAUACCUCCAUGCAAUCAAUUCUGUACGUUUUGAACGCUGUCAGAGUAGAACUGGGAGAACAUUUGCAUCCCAGUCACACAAAGAGUAGGAAAAGGAUAGCCAUAUAUAAUAUACUGCAAAUUGUGGGGUGGCAGAGAAUAUUUUUUCCAUUCCAGCUAGCAUACAUAAUACAUUUGGCAAUGGGGUACUGUCACAAACCAUGCAUCUAGGCUGUUGUUCAUGUAAGUAGGCCCACCAUUUGAAAUAGGAGUGCCACAGAAGAUGGUCGGAAUGGUGAUGUGCCCUGUGUAACUAUUUUUAAAUGACCUUCAAAUCAGGACACUAUUUAAGAACAGGUGCCUUUCCCUACACGGUUCUUUCCAAUGGUGUCAUGAUAUUAACCAUUCAUUAACUGGAUUUGUAGUGAAUGAGGAGAAAAGCCAUUUAACUUCUGGCCUUUGUUAAAAGGGGUGUGAUUUGAGUAAACCCUUUUAAUUUAACACAGCUUGGAAGUUCUAGAUGUUGGCACCUUUUUCAAACAGAUCAAACAGCAGCAUCAAUGCUCAGGCUCAUCAGGCAAGUGAAGGCUUGUGCACAUCACUUGGUUCAGAUGUUGUACUGAAACAGAAGAUUUCUCAUUUUGCAAUCAUGAAGGAAAUUUCAUGGAAAUUAAGCAAAACAAAUUUUAUAGGAGAUGCUCUUUCAAUUUUAAAAGAAAAACUGUGUUAGGUCAUCUGUUCUGUUGGCAGACUCUUAACAGCUCCUGUGUGAGACAGCAUAAGUAACUAAUGUAUUAGGUCUCAGUUUUACUUGCUCUGAGUUCUACUUGGAUGCAAAUUUGUGACCUUGUGUGCAGCCAAUUGUUUGAUGCAAAAACACUGUCUUGUGACACACACUAAGUGGAAGGUGCAUGAGAGGUGUGAGAGGACCAGCCCCACAACGUUUGGAUGCUUUCAUUCCACCAAAUCAGAUUGCUUCUCAGGCUCUUUUAGAACAUAACUCGAAAUAUGCAGCUGGGCAAAAGUGACUCUUAACACACGGCCCAAGAGUCUGAACAAGGAAUUUGUCUCUUAGCCUAAGAGUGACUACACAUCUCUUGUCUUCUCUGCAAGGCAGUCUACCUCCUCUCUCUUGCAGAAUGUGGUCAAGGCUGGGUUUUGUUUGUUCUGAGCUUUUUAUUGACUCCAGCUUUUGAAGAGACAUCUAAAAAGAUUCUUCCUCUAGGUACUGUUAGCAAUCAAGUAAUAAAAUAUUGAUGGGCCUUCAUCUAAAAUACUUCUGAAACCUCCAAGCCAUCUGAGCUCUCCCUCUAGAAUCCCAGUGCCAUCCUUUGCACUGCUCUGCAGUCUUCCCUUGCCCUUCCCUUUGUGGUUCUCAAAUAUUGCAGUUGCCUUGUUCUUUGUUGUUUCUCUAGUGCAGAUUUUCAGGGAGUUAGAGGCCUUAUCUACUACUCCACCCUGUUUGCUGUUUUACUUAAACAGCUAUCCUUAGACUUGCUCAGGAUUUUCUUCAUUUUAAUUUUCCAUUUCAUCUGGGUGAGAUACCUUACCUCAUUGUGCCCCCACCAGAACACGCUGCCUGCCAGGCUUUUCCUUCCACCAGGUCUCUGUUUUCACAGGGCAGCUUCUCUGGAUCCCUUCUGAGAAAUGCAAGGUGGCAUCUUAAUUGUACAGGCAUAGAAAUGUGUUGUGAAGUAGCUUUUCAUGUUGUAGAGCUUUCCAUUAGCAACAUUACAGCAUAUUCAUAGUACAAGAUGGAAGCCACUAUUCAACUUUCCUAUAGGAUAUGAACCUCUUGGUGUAAACUCUUAACAUGUAAAUCCAACAGCAGAGCUUUUAACUGUUGGUGGAUGUCAGCAUUUAACUGUUUAGUUACAAGGCAAAACUUUAAGCAUAGGUAACUGUCUUGACCUUCCUUUUUUUUUUUUUUUUUUUUUUACUAGUGCACAUCUUAGACUCGUACUACUGAAGGAUCUGACUAAUUGAAAGGAGUAACAUUAUAUUUGGUUUAUAUGGAACAAUGAAACUAUAUGAAAACAUAUGAAACCAUAAUUUGGUUGGAAAUUCUAUGCAGGCAUUUUAAAAUCUGGUUAAAUGUGAUAAUGACUUCCAGGACUGCUUAGAUCUCCACUGUGAAAUGCUGAAUUUUAAAUUUGUGUCAUUUGAGAGAAAGAAGGAAGAAUUAAGUUUAGGGAAAUCUUUUUUUUUUUUUUUUUUUCCCCACAAUCUGCCAGUACAGACUAUUCCAAAAUUAGCAGGCUGAGGAGGCAGCUUCCAAAACUUCUAAAUUUAUGUAUAAGAUUCCCUGAUGUUUUUUAACAGCUACUAGAAAUCUAAAGCGCACAAACUUUUAAAUCUACUGUGCUUUCUGUUGUGGAAGGGAUAUAUUGUGGUGUUAACCUUUUUAAUCCUGGAAUACCAAUUGAUUUUAAAAUGUGUUGAAUAUUUAAGGAUGACUUCAUGCAAGUUAAUAAACCAUUUGUAAAGUGUUUGUAUACAACCCUUUGUAUCAUGUUGUUGGUACACCUUACCAAAUUUUUUUUGAGCAUGUAUUCCAUUCUUAACUUCUGUACAAUUUCUAUUGUUGCUGUAAAUAUUCUAAAAGAGAAAAAAAAAAUCCUGUGGUAACCUUAAUUAUAAGCAUGGAAAUGGUUAAUUUUUACUGAGCACAAUGUAUUUUUGAAUGGGCCUUCCAAAAUAUGUCUUUAAUAAAAAUGCAGAUUUUGCACUAGAA